CUAAGGGGCCAAGGUGCAAAAAGAAAAACAUUGUAGCCACACUGCAAGCAUCUAGAAGUCCUUGCAUCAUCCGAAUGCUCGGCCUAGCAUCAACACAAGACUCAAAGAAGAAGAUUGUCGAAUACGAAUGGAAGAACACCAUCUGGAUGGCGGAAAUUGGCGUCUGGAUGGUGGAAGCUGACAAUGGUGAAACCGACAUAUCAGCUUGUCUCUCAUUG